AUGAUCAUCAUAGCCGGCAUGUAUCUGCAGACGGUAGCGACCUCUGCCACGUUCCGUGCGAUACCGAAUGCAGCGGAUGAAGCUAUGGGCAGACUCAGAAGCGGGAAGGGGCAACCGUUCAUGCCUGCCGCCGACAUGAUCAAAUUCGGAGUUUACUGCUUGGGUAGCUUAGCGUACGGAUUCUGCGAGGCAAUAUGGCUGACGUUCUAUGUGCUGUACGGCACCAGGCAGGGCAUGAGUCUCGCGCGAGCUGCUCAGAUGAUCACCUUGCUGCAUGUUAGCAAUGUCAUCAGCCGCCGCCUAGUGGCAGCAGUCGGAGGCAGGCGAUGGUUCCCGCGCCAUCUGGUGUUUGCCAUCACGACCUUUGCGGGUGGGAUCGCUAGCCUCUUGUUUCUGCGCGCGGAGAAACCUUGGGUGUUUGCACUUUGCUGCCUACUGUACGGGUGCAGCUUUGGGAUAAAAACAAGCAUGCAGACAACUAUUCUAGUACACCUAUACGGCAUACAGAAUCUACCGAUGAUACAAUCUAUCUACUUGCUCUUCGAUGGCAUAGGAGUUCUUUCCGGUCCGUUGACGGCAGGUAAGAACCUAAAAGGGUUGACAUGA